AUGGGCGAGCUCGCUGACUACCUCAUUCAUAACGACCCAAGCUUCAGCAGAUCGCGACUACCGGCCCGAUACUCGGACUUUCGAUCCCAACGCACUCUGAACCCAGAUGGCUACCAGGCCAACAUCUCGGCAUGGCGCCAGGCCCUUUCCGACCUUGUUGCCAAGGGCAUGAUCUCCCAUCGCGGAUCGAACCCCGACCAUUUCAUACUCAAGCUCGACGAUUCUUUACUGCGAUCACUAGAAUGCAAGGAAUUCGGCCUACCUCUGGCCCUCGGCACCGUAGUGCGCGAAUCUACCGCUGGCCGAGACUUCAUCCCCCUUACCGAUUUCGAAAAAUCCCAACAGAGCAUAUAUCAACGCAGCUGGGCCGGUCUACCAUGGAGUGUCAUGAGCUGGACGCUCCGGCAGUUGGGCGUGGUGGACCCUUCAAGAGGAGACGACAAGCUGCCAACUGGCCAGUAUGUCAUUGUAAAGAAUAUGGAAGCUGCUGCAAAAGAACUGGGCGAUUUGAUGGCCGAUAAGGUUUCAAGAUUCGAUCGCGUUUUCAGUAGGGCGCAAUUCCAGAAAGCCUUUUCUGCAGCUCUGGUGAAAGAUCAGCGCCUGACAGAUACCGACCUGGACGUGCUCUUGAAGUUCCUGUCACGCGAUAAGGAAGUUAUCGAAUACGACGGAACUACUAUCAGAAUUAAGGGCUCUGGGGAGCAAGGCGGUAUCACAAAAGACGAUGCUGCAAUCGCAUCCCUCAAGGAGCUUACUGAAAGCCUCAAGCACCAGACUGAUAUCCUUAACACACGCAUCGAUGAACUCUCACAGACAGCCAAAGACGCUGUCACCCGGAAAAACCGUGUCUCGGCUCUCGCAGCACUCAAAUCGAAGAAGAUUGCAGAGACGUCCUUGGCCACUCGCUACGCCACUCUUAAUCAACUGGAGGAAGUCGCCGCCAAGCUCGAGCAGGCCGCCGACAACGUGCAGCUCGUCAAUGUCAUGGAGGCUUCUUCGGGUGCGCUGAAGAGCCUGAACGAACAGGUCGGCGGCGCGGAUCGCGUCGACGCUGUCAUGGACCGCAUCCGAGAACAGACAACUGCAACAGACGAGAUCAGUGCCAUCAUGGCCGAGUCCACAGGCCAAGUGGUCGACGAGGGUGCGCUCGACGACGAACUCGAGGCCAUGGAGGCGCAGGAGCGCGAGAAAGAAGAGGAGAAGAACAAGAGCAAGGAGGCCGAAGAGCAGAAAGCUCGCGAGGAGCGGGAGACGGCCGAGGCACAGAAGAAGCUCGACAAACUGCCAGCCGUGCCGGCCGACACUGAAGAAAUCCGAGAAAAGGAGAAGACACCCACAGCCGAGACUGGAAUUGCGAACCUGGCAAUAUAG